AUGCUCUUCAACUCCGUCAUCACUGCUGGCCUCGUCGGCCUGGCCUCGGCCGCCGCCGCCGUCCCUCAGGUCGAAGACCUCGCCCGCCGUGGAAACGAUACGGCCGUCAUCGCUACCAAGGUCAUCACCGAGUACACCACCUUCUGCCCUGGCCCUACCACCGUCUCGCGCGGGACAAAGACCUGGACCGUCACCGAGGCUACUACCCUUACUUUCACCGACUGUGACUGCGAGGCUACGCCUACUCCCGCUCACCCCGGUCCCCCUGGCAACCCCGGUCUCCCCGUGACACCCGGCGUCCCUGUCACCCCCGGCUUCCCCGGCACUCCCCCUCCCGCCGUGCCCACCUACCCCGCCGGCACUCCCGGCCCGAGCGGCGUCCCUCCCGGCCCGAGCGGCGUCCCUCCCGUCGCCGGUGCCAGCGGUCACGGAAUGGACACUCUCGUCCUCGGUCUGGCCGGUGUUGUCGCCAUUGGUGCUCUCGCCCUGUAG